AUGCCUCGUUUUUAUUAUUUUUUUAGAAAUACAAAAUUCAACACUAAAAUUUUAUUGCAUAAGGAAAACAAUGAACAGUUGGAGAGUUUGCAAAUUCAAGAGAUGUCAAAAGUUAAAAACCUGGUUUUGUUGAGGGAUCAAGAAAUCGCCGAAAAAACCACUGCCCUUAAAGAUGCCAAUAUUCAAUUAGAAAAAUUACGAAACGAGGUAUCUAGAUUGAGAAGACAGGAAGAGGUUUUGAGCGAUGUGCAGGACGAUUUAGAAUCUUUAAGGCACAGUACUUCUAGAGAUUUAGCUCAGCUCGCUUCUGAACUAUCUAAAAGCGAGCAGGAAAAGAAGUAUUUGCAAGAUUUAGUUGUAAUUUUAAGACAAAAUAGCAGUAACAUUACGGACGAUGAUAACACUAUUUCUGAAAGAAAAUUAUUGGAACAGAGAUUGGAGGAGGCUCAUCUGCAUUUAGCCGAUAUCAAGACUUCUUGGAGUGAUAAAAUAGCGUCAUUAGAAACACAAGUAGGAAGAUUGAGUAGACAGGCAGCUGAAGAAGGAUCUGAACGGAGACGGGCGGUUCAAGAAAAAGAUAAACUUGAAGAGACAGUUAAGCAACUCGAGGCAGAACUGGAAUGUAACAAAUUUGAGUUACUGAACAGGGAAACUAAAAUCAAACGACUGAUGGAAGAUGUUAAUGAACUGUCAACAGAAUUAAAAACCUUACAUUCCGAUAACGAAGAAGAAAUAACAUUCCUAAGAUCAGAACUCGAUAAAGCAAAAGUCGACUUGAAAACUGUCAAGAAAAAUCUUGAAAAUGUACAAAGUGAAAGGGAACAACGAGACGAUGAGUGUGAUAAAUUAAAGAUAUCUGUAGACUCUGAACAUCUUGCCAACAGUUCCUUGAGGGAAGUGAUUACAAAAUUAGAAAAGGAAUUAUCAGAGGAAAAGUCAAAUUCGCUUAAUGUACAAAAAACUUUGACCAGGGUAACUUCUGAGAAAAAUACGACACUUUUGCGUAACGCAGAAAUUUCCCAGCAGAUGGAAUUAGUCAGACAGGAUAUGCGACGUCAAGAAAAGGAAAUGCAUGAAUUGUUAAAUAAAUUAACGAGUUUGGAAGAAGAUAAUUUGAAAUUAAAAGAAAGUAUACACAAUAUCAAGACUCUCCAACUUCGCCUUGCAGACAUGAAAAAGACUCUCCAGCAAGAGUUACGAACUCCAGGAAAUCCUAACUAUCAUUCCGACCUCAUGGAUUUAAAUUCGGCCGCAAUCUUAACACCAACGCAAGUGUCAACUAGGAAUUUCCCGUCGAUGGUGAGAAGAGAUGACGAAGAUGUUAAUUUUAAGUAUCUGAAACAUGUUGUUUUGAAAUUUUUAACGAGUAAAGAAUACGAGGCUCAACAUUUAAUCAAAGCAAUAUCUACGCUCCUAAAAUUUACGUCUGACGAAGAGAAGCUGAUACAAGAUACCAUAGAAUGGAGGAAAUCGUGGUUCGGGAGCAAACCAAGGUAUCCUGGUUCAUCGAAACAUAAAAAUUAUUCCAACAGUUGAUGGUUGUUUUCUUUAAAUCAUUAUUAUUUUUAAUGGUAUUGAAGAUUUGAAUGAAAUUGGAAUUUGUGUAGAAUUUUGAGAAGAAUGUUGCCACUAUUUAUUUAAUUGAAUUAUGUUUAGAAUAUUUAUUACUGCUAAUAAAUUUGAUACGUGGCAAAUUGUUAUUACAAAUUCUACACAGUUGUUUUGCAGCUGGGUUGUAUCAAUGAGCUGUACACUUUAAUGGUUGUUUUUGUUAUUUAGCUUUAGAUGGUAGAUUAUUUUCCAAAGAGUUCCAAUUUUAAAAGAAAGUAACCCAUUAUUAGCUUUAAUUUUUAGGAGUCAAUUUUCAUUCCAACUGUAUGUGAUAAUAUACAUGGGGUACUUGUCAGAAGUGUGUUUUGUAAAUAUGUAUAUAAGCCUUGCCUCUUAUUUCAAUUUAUACAUUUUUCAUGAAAAUUCAUUAAAGCUAUAUUUAUUUGAAGUAA